AUGGUGAUGGUAGAAGAGAUGAUAGUGAAGGAGUUCAAAGUCAAUCCCGUCUACCGCAGAUGGUUUACAGUCAUGUCAGUGGUGAUUGUGAUUUCUAACUUGCCUCCCACUGAUUCUCAAGCUUGCGGUCGCAAGGCUGGCGAUCGGGGUUCUCGCUGCUCCUGCAGCAGCUCUGCCUCCCUUUGCGCAGCUAUUGGCAGGUAUGACGGGAAGUGGAAGGCAGACGUGACGCAGAGGAGAGGACUCGUUGCCGGCGAGAACUUGUUGAUAGCAGUUGGUGUGCAUGACCAGGGAUCGACGUGUGGAUCAAACAAGAUGCUACUUGAGGCUCAGCUGCGCCAGGACAUGCGCAUGCUUGCGAUCCAAGACUCUCUUCAGGACCCUGGCCCAACGCCCUCAUGCGUACAGUGCGCCUCUUUCACGUGGACGGACACGACCUCAGGAGUCUAUCAUGCACUGAUCUUGCUGUACAAUGUGGAAGGAGAAGAGAGUUUGCAGCUGGAGUUCGCGUUCGACGACUUCGUUCACGUCGGGAACGCUUCAUCAUCUGCCUCGUUGACCAUGGAGCAUGUGGCGAUGGAAGGAGGAAGCGUUCGGAUGCACAUCAACGUCAGGAGUGAAGUCAGAGAUCGAUUCUUGCUCACAGUCUUCUUCACAGACAUGAGCUCUCUUGCGCAAUGGACAGGAAUGGCCAUGAUACAAGUGAAGGCAGUAGAGCAGUCUGAGAUCAUGCGCAUCAGGGCACCAGCUGGGAGACACUUUCUGGUGCUGGCGACUCUUUGUCAGCUUUCCCUCCAUCCUCUCAUCGAUGAUCGGGAGUCGCUGGCUACUGCUUCCUGUGCUCGGGUCUGUUCCUUGGAGGAGAAUGGAAGUGCGAUAGACGACGUUGCUCAUCACGCUCCGCCCGCAGCAUUUCCAGCUCCUCAUCCUGAAGACGUCUUGUGCAGCCUUCAGCUCUACGUGACGCCUCUACAGCCCCGAGCAGGAUGGCCUUUCACAAUGUCAGCUGUGGCGUUGGGCUUGGUCUCAGGCUGCAGGUACAAGGUUGUCACGUCGGUUCGGUUACGACAAAACAACAAUGCGGCCUUCGAAGAGAGUAAAACAGUCAACGGCUCCAACAUGCCAGCUACCCUCAACUUCUCCGUCGCUUCAUGCUGGCCUGGCGACAUAGUAGUGAGGGUGAUGCUCUACGACGACAGCGCGAUGCAGUCACAGGAUUCUGUUCUCUCGAUCAUCUCCAGACAUUUUCUCUCCGUUGCACCUUGUGAGGUUUCCUACGCCUGGUCCUCUUCGAAGCAACCUCUCUUCCUCGGGUCGAUGCCCUACGGUCAAUCGCCCUUGGCGGGUAAUGUUCGCGUCAGUGAAUGUCAGCAGGAGGAGGAGCUUAGCCUGACCCUGGCGACGUUUGCUACUCUCGAGACGGCAUCUCAACUUAUCAACUCAGCAGCUCAGUGGCACCAGGAAAUGGCAGUUGCUUUCUAUGCUAGAAGCGCAUCAGAGCAUGCUGACAUCUUGGCGCUCGUCCAGCAACAGCUGGGGCCAUGGUUCGAGAGAAGGAACAAGUCGCUUGAGGCGACUGUACUGACGUCCUGCCCUGACCCGAGGAGUAAAGAUAAACCCCUCGACUGCCCUACCAACAUGCUGCGUAAGAUCGCUUGCUCAAUUGCCAAGAGCAACAUGGUCUUGAACGCCGACGUGGACAUGCUGGCUUCGGACGAGCUCGCUGACCAUAUAAGGAAAGCUCGCGGGGAUGGCUGGAUGGGGAGGGGCGAGCUGUUGGUGAUCCCGUCCUUCAGGUCGGCAGGCAGCUGGCCUCGCGCAGUGAAGACUCAUUUCGAUAGUCAUCAACUGACGGUCAAACCUGCCGCCAUCACCAUGGAGGACCUCAAGGCUGCGCUGCUACGCUGUGAGCUGCUGCUCCCCCUGCUGGGCUGUGGCAUGUGGUCCCCAUCGACCAGAUGGUCAGAGAACGCUGUCUUCCACGCCCCCACCGAGUACGGCAGGUGGAUGGAGGCAGAGGAGGUAUACGAGGUGGACUAUCUGCUGGGUUACGAGCCUUCCUUUGUGGUGGAUCGAAGGGCAUGGGUAGGAGGUCAAGGAGCAGGUAUGUAUGACGACCGGUUCGAGCAAGGAGGGUGGGACAAGGCAUCAGUCACCUUCGAGGCCGCGUACUUGGGCUACACCUUCAAGGUGCUUCCUAAGGGCUUCCUGGUUGGCUCUUCCCCCUCCUCAGCGCGGCAGACGUCGAAGGCUCUGUCGCUGCCCCUGCCUGCGAGCAAGGAUACAGGCUCUGUGGCCGCGGACCCGCACGGGCAGUGGCUGAUGGAAAGGAUAGUGAACAACGUCUGGACUGACACGCAGCGGAAGGUAGCGAUCAGGUCGUGUGUGGUGAAGGCCUUCAAGGACACAAACUGCGACGUUGAGCGCCUUCGGCUGGUCCCGAGCGAGGAGAUGGAGCGAGUGGGAGGGGGUCACGAGCUGAAGGUCGAGCUCUUCGGGCUGCCGAGAAGCGUAGGGCUGCUCCUGUCGGUCUACAGGCCGACAAACAAGGUCGACAGAGAAGCUCUGGCGUUCCACCUCCUCCUGCCGCAAGAUGAGCCGGAGGAGCCUCGCAGAGUCGUUAUCACCCUGGGGAAGCUUGCUGCAGGGAGCCAAGUGCUUCGGAUCGAGCUCAGGGACUUGCAAGCUAGCAAGCUGAUGCAAAAUCAUGUUGGCGCGAUCCUUGCAGCACAAGAGCACCGGUUUCUCCUCCAUGCCUGA